UGGUGGUGGUGCUGGUGGCGGCGGUAGUGGUGGUAGUAACAGCGGUGCGCCGGCGCCCGCUGUUCCACCUUCCGCCACGCAUGCCCCAAACCAUCCAUCUCCCUCGGGCAGCGGUCACAUGGAGCAUCGCAAUUCAUAUAAUCUGUUAAGUGAAGCUAUGUCACAGGCUGUCAGCAAUGAAUUCAGUUCAUUGGGCAGUGGUUCUGCUGAUGGCGCUUGCCAUGCAGAUGAUCUGGAUUGCUAUAGUGGAAAUUUGCAAGAUCGUUUGGGUAUGGAGGCAAUACGUACGCUGCAUCGUCAACUCGACGAUGACGACAAUGGCAAUAUCGAUUUAAGUGAAUCGGACGACUUUUUACGCGAAGAACUCAAAUAUGAUUCUGGUUAUGAGAAACGUCAGAAAGCGUUCCAUUUCAACGAUGAUAUGCAUAUAUCGGUGAAGGAAUUAUGGGAAGCAUGGCUACGUUCGGAGGUACAUAACUGGACUAUGGAACAAACGACAGACUGGUUAGCGCAAUCAGUGCAAUUGCCACAAUAUGUUGAGCUAUUCCGUUUGCACAAAGUAACUGGAGCAUCAUUGCCAAGGUUGGCAGUGAAUAAUAUGCAUUAUGUGGGCAAUGUGCUGGGCAUAAAGGAUCCUAUUCAUAAGCAAAAAAUUGCGCUCAAGGCAAUGGAUGUUGUGCUUUUUGGGCCACCACGCGAAACCGGCACACGGUGGAAAGACUACAUUUUAGUGACUCUAUUACUCAGCGCAAUUAUAGGUUGCUGGUACGCAUAUCAACAGAAUAAAAAUGCCAAGAGACAUCUGCGACGCAUGGCACAAGAUAUGGAGGGUCUGCAGCGUGCAGAACAAAGUUUACAAGAAAUGCAAAAGGAAUUGGAACGUGCACGCAUGGAGCAGGAGAAUGUCGCGACCGAAAAAAUGGAUUUGGAGCGUCGACUGAAAGAGGCUCCUUCACUUACAUCAUCCAGCUCUGAUUUGGAGGUGCAAAAGUUGAAGAAAGAAAUCGAAAUGUUACGUACUGAAUUGUCGCGGGCUGAAAUCGAAUUGGUGGACAACUGCUGGACGCCGCCACCACAACUCCAAUCUUGGCUACAGUAUACCUACGAGUUGGAGAGCAAAAAUCAUCUUAAGAAACGCAUUUCAGCCGAGAAACAAUUGCAGUCAGCUCGUGAAGCAUGCGAAAAGUUACGCAAAAAGCGCUCAAGCUUAGUUGGUGCCUUCGUGUCGACGCAUGGCAAAAGUAUUGAUGAUGUUGAUCGUUCCAUAGUGGAGGCACGCAAUUCUCUCGGCGAAGUAACGAACGAGUUACAGGAGCGCUUACAUCGUUGGAAACAAAUUGAAAAUUGUCUUGGUUUUAAUAUUGUCAAUAACAAUGGGUUGCAGUAUCUCGAAAAUGUAUUGUACAGUCGUAAUGGCGGUAGCAGCGUUGGUUCGAACAAGGGAUCGCGAGGACGCAUAACUAGUAGCAGCGAUGACUUAGAUGAUGAGUCUGUGCAAGCCAACUUUUGCGAUCCCAAAGCACGGACCUGGUACCAAUGGAAAUCUACACGUACCUUAACAGACAACAGCAACAACUUAGCGCGAAAUCUAGCGCUAGCGGUCUAUCCAUCACCGGACAGCAACUCGUCGGCGGCGGCGGAAGUGGAAUUGGCGGAAACCUUAGCGGAACCAACAAGAAGAUGGUCAAACAGCACAGUACGGCUAGCCAACAGUCCACAUCGUCUACAUCAUCGUCCGUCCAUUCAACCCCAUCCGCACCAGCGGCUCUCGGCGCAGACGGGCAUAGUGGCAACUGCGUCGGUGUUGUCGGCGGCAGCAGCGGCAAAGGGCAAUCUCCCGGACGUUGGUCAUCACAUGAGCGCUUCUUACCAAUCCAUCAACAGCAGCAGCAGCAACACGAACAUCAACAGCUUAUAUGGCAGCCACUGCAGUCUGUGCAGCAACAACAGCAACUCCAGCACAACCAGUCAAUCAAUCAUGGACAACAACAACAGCAACAGUCAGCGCAGCAGCAGCAGCAUCAUCAGCAUGCAAGAGAUACGGAGUCGUUCAUGCAGCCCCAGCACGGUGCAACUACUGGAAAACCGCCAGCAAUUGGCACAAUAUCCUCGCAAUACCAACAGCUGCCAGGCUCGCUUAGCUUGCAAUCGCUGUUGGGACAGACACAACAGCAUGGGAAUGCCACCGCCACCACCGCCGCCACCACCACAUCUACGGCAACUAUUGCGUCGACACACAGUGAUACCCAAAUGGAGGACAAGCUGUUGCUCAACGCCGACAGCGCAAGUCUCGAUGGAGGCGGCACCAUCAAAAAGCGAAAGCGCCGAUUGCGCUUCCCCUUCGGUGGCGGGCAUCGUAAGACCGCCAGCAAUGCAAGCGCCAGUAGCGGCAAUGCCAGCGCCGCUUCCAACAAACAUACAUAGCUCUCAUAGCGUUGGCUGUUUGACAACGUCCUCCAACGAUUCAGGAGUAGGAGAUGCAGAAGAAACGAUGAGAUUGAGUCGACGACAGCAAAGCAACGAUGACGACAAUAUACCCGCUAAUGUGGACAAUGAUAAGCAUAAAAAUGAUAACAAGACAAAUUGCAAAUACGACAGCGCAGAUGCAGAAUCGGCUGAAUCAGAGGCUGAAGCGUACUCAUUGGUUACUUUGAAUUUUGUCAAAAGCGCCGCAAAUGCUGCUACGACUGCGCGCCUAUUGAACGAGCAUGACAAUAAUUUUAGUGAUUCACAACGCGACUUAAGGAGCACUUCGACGACAAGUGACUCCAUUACGAUGGCCACCUAAUGGGGUGGUCUACGAAAUAAUAUGUAGUUUUUUAUAUGCCUACUUCAGUCUUCCAUUUAAAAUAGUCCAACGAAGCGAAGAAUGUGCGUGCGAGUAGUUAAUUUAGUAAAAUAUUCAUAAACGUAAAGAAUCAAGUGCGAUCAUUUCAUGCAUUCAGAUCACCGCAGGCAUGGCCUUCUUCACCCCAGAACCACGCUCCAAUGCUAUGUCAUAUCAAUAUCAUACUUCCUCGCAUUGCAAUUUGGAAGAGCUCCCCAUUCACUGUGAGCAAAAUAAUUAUGGGAAGGCGCUUGUGCAAACAGGUAUGGGCAAAUAGUAAGAAGUAUUUCUUAGAAAAUUAUCGAACAAGAAUAAUUAGGCUUUCACACAUUUUCGGCCUCGUUCUUAAAGAAUUGUAUAGGUUAAAAAAAUUUGGAAGUUUUAACACUCCAACUUUCCUUGCAUCAUUUUUUUAGAACAACCGGUUUUAAACUCGUAAAUGAUUCUAAACUAGGGCUGGGAGUUCUAUCCGGAUAUUUCAAUAUUCGAAUAUCUGUCUAAAAAAUCCAAAUAUCUGAAUAGGGAAAUUAACGGAAAUUAACCGGAUACUCGCAUUUUAUUCGCAUACACCAAAUAUCUGAAUACAGGAAUAGUCCCAGUCCUAUUCUAAAUAGUGACCAACAUAAUUUUUUACAUUAACUGUGAAACUAACCCAAAAAAAAAAUAUUAAAAUAAUUCAUAGUUAGUUAAGAAAAAAUUGAGUUUUAAAAGGCUUUCGAUCAAAAUAUAAUCCAGGGUUAGGUUGAGUGUUGAAACCCAAUGCACAUCUGUGCACAUUUGAAGAACAACAAUAACUUAAGUCGAGUUCGGCUAUAAAGCGCUAAAUCAUUGACUUCUUUUCCAAUAUAUAUGUAGCUUCUGAUUUUUAUAAAAUAAAAAUCUAAAAUCACUUAAGUGGUUUUUUUACCUCAGAGAAAGUAGCUCAGUGAAGCGAGUGCUCUCAUCAGCGUUCGCCAAGCGUCAGUAGCAAAACUGUAUGUAACUCUACGUUUUUACGAAUUAACCCUUGUUUGUGCAAGCAAGUAUAUAAGACAAUUAGUUUAUUAGCGAACGUAGCAAUUUUUGAUAGCUAUGGUUUUAACGUGCGAUUGUUCGACUUUUUAAGUAUUUUUAAAUUUAAUGUUUAAUCCGCAAAGGGCUAAUUGAGGUUUGCCCUAAGGAUUUGCGCAAAUUGAUUUAAACUAAAACAGCUGCAUACAUGACACAUCACUUCAUUAUGUACUGGGCAUUAAAUUGAAUGAUAUUAAAUGUAGACUUAUUAAUUCGCAUCGAAGCAAAUAUGUACUCAUAUAUAAAUCGUUCCAUAAGUGCCUCAGGGGAAAGAUGAUAUUACGUACAUACAUAUAUAUGUAUGUACAUCGUUACAUACAUACAUACAUACAGUGACUCAAACAAGU